AUGGGUUUCCCAACUGCACCCAAGCCCAAGACCGCUCUUGGCUUCCAUCGCAUCCUCUCCCCCACUGCUGGAGUCAAGGUUUCACCGAUCUGUCUCGGUGGCAUAAGCAUUGGCCACGAGUGGAAAUUCUAUACCGGCCAGAAUGAAGAGCCCUUCAAACUCCUCGAUGCUUUCUAUGAUAUAGGUGGCAAUUUCAUUGACACCGCGAGUAACUACAACAACCAGAUGUCAGAGACACUCAUCGGACAGUGGAUGCAGGAACGCGACGUCAGAGAUCAAAUGGUGAUUGCGACAAAGUAUACUGCAGGUUAUCGUGCGUUCGGCGAUAACCCUGAGCCUUUACAGUCAAACUUCACCGGUAACUCUGUAAAGAGCAUGCAUGUCUCGGUGCGCGACAGUUUGAAGAAGUUGAGGACAGACUACAUCGACAUUUUGUAUGUUCACUGGUGGGACUAUGCGACGCCGGUAGAGGAGGUAAUGAGAGGUCUUCAUGUUCUCGUUAUGCAGGGAAAGGUUCUUUACCUUGGGAUUAGCAACACUCCAUCUUGGAUUGUUGUCAAAGCCAAUGCCUACGCGAAACAGCAUGGCUUGACUCCCUUCUCCGUCUAUCAGGGCAAUUGGAAUGCGGCCUUUCGCGACAUGGAAGGCGAUGUGAUCCCAAUGUGCGAGGACCAGGACAUGGCGAUUGUGUCCUGGGGAUCACUGGGCACUGGGUCGCUACUCACGGCCCAGCAAAGAAAAGAAAGAGAAGCUGAUCCAGAUGCACCCAAGUCUCAGAUAUCGGAGGUCGCGAUAAAGACCAGCGAGGCCCUGGAAAGAAUCGCCGACCGGAAGGGGACUACAUUACAGGCUAUCGCGCUGGCAUAUCUAUUCCACCAAUCCACAUACGUGUUCCCCAUCGUAGGAGUCAAUACGGUUGAGCAUAUCAAGGCUAUGCCUGAUGCCCUGAAGAUCAGACUUUCGAAAGAGGACAUAGAUGAGAUUCACGAAGCAUCUCCAUACAAUCCAGGGUACCCCAUGAGCUUUACGCAGUAUAUGCAGCCGGUCAAAUACGACUUAUCCUGGACGCCUGCAGAUAAUCAGCAAUACCAAAUGUCAGCUUGGAUCGAUGCCCCUCCCAAGCGCCUGCCAUACCAACCGAGGAACUGGUAG